AUGGAGUCCAUGCUGAACAAGCUGAAAAGCACCGUCACCAAGGUGACAGCUGAUGUCACCAGUGCCGUAAUGGGUAACCCAGUGACACGGGAGUUUGAAGUUGGGCGUCAUAUCGCAAGUGGAGGUCCCGGAUUAUGUUGGAGGAUCUAUAAUGGCACCAAAAAGUCCACCAAACAGGAAGUUGCAGUGUUUGUGUUUGAUAAGAAGGUGAUCGACAAGUAUCAGAAAUUCGAUAAGGACCAGAUCGUAGACUCGCUGAAAAGAGGGGUACAGCAGCUGACCAGACUGCGUCACCCCCGCCUCCUAACGGUGCAGCAUCCCCUGGAAGAAUCGCGAGACUGCCUGGCAUUCUGCACAGAGCCGGUGUUUGCCAGUCUUUCCAAUGUAUUGGGCCAGUGGGACAACUUGCCCAGUCCUGUGCCCAAGGACAUCAAAGAGUACAAACUCUAUGAUGUGGAGACCAAGUAUGGCUUGCUACAGGGUCUGUCUUUUCUUCACAGCGGGGUUAAGAUGGUCCAUGGCAACCUGUGUCUGGAGAAUAUCAUCCUCAACAAGAGUGGAGCCUGGAAGAUCAUGGGCUUUGACUUCAGCAUCUCCUCUCAGAACCCCACCGAUUCUGAGCCUAAAUACACCUGUAAAGAGUGGGACCCCAACCUUCCUCCUCUCUGCCUCCCGAACCCCGAGUACCUGGCCCCUGAGUACAUACUGUCGGUCAGCUGCGAUGCCGCUUCUGACAUGUACUCUCUUGGUGUGGUCAUGCAUGCGGUGUUCAACGAGGGCAAGCCCGUGUUCCAAGUGAACAAACACGACAUUUUUAAGAGCUUCAGCCGGCAGUUGGACCAGCUGAGCAGCAUGAGUCCUGCGCUGCUAAACAAGAUUCCUGAAGAAGUUCGGGAGCAUGUCAAGAUGCUGCUGAGUGUCACGCCAAACGUGCGUCCCGACGCAGACCAGAUGACAAAGAUCCCCUUUUUUGACGACGUCGGCGCGGUUACUCUGCAGUACUUUGACUCCCUCUUCCAGAGGGACAACCUACAGAAGUCCCAGUUCUACAAAGGCCUUCCCAAAGUGCUGCCCAAGCUACCAAAGAGAGUGGUGGUCUAUCGCAUCUUGCCAGCGUUGACUUCUGAGUUUGUCAACCCUGACAUGGUUCCCUUUGUUUUGCCCAAUGUGCUACUGAUUGCAGAGGAAUGCACCAAGGAGGAGUAUGUUCGCCUCAUUCUGCCCGACCUCAGCCCUGUUUUCAAACAGCAGGAGCCCAUCCAGGCUAGUAACAUGAUCCUGCUCAUAUUCCUGCAAAAGAUGGACCUACUUCUGACAAAGACCCCAGCAGAGGACAUUAAGAACAGUGUGCUGCCCAUGGUCUACAGGGCCCUGGAGGCUCCCUCAGUCCAGAUCCAGGAGCUGUGCCUGAACAUCAUUCCAACAUUUGCCAAUCUGAUCGACUAUCCAUCCAUGAAGAAUUCCCUCAUUCCCCGGAUCAAAUCGGCCUGCCUCCAGACCUCCUCCCUUGCUGUACGAGUGAACUCUCUAGUGUGUCUGGGAAAGAUUUUGGAAUAUCUAGACAAGUGGUUUGUCAUCGACGAGAUCCUGCCCUUUCUACAACAGAUCCCCUCCAGAGAACCAGCAGUACUGAUGGGCAUUUUAGGAAUCUACAAGUGCACAUUCAGCCACAAGAAGCUGGGCAUCCCUAAAGAGCACCUUGCUACUAAGAGCUUACCCCACCUUGUGUCUCUUAGUAUAGACAACAACCUCAAUCUCAACCAGUUCAACUCUUUCAUGAUGGUUAUCCGUGACAUGCUGGGCCGCAUGGAGGCUGAACACAAGACCAAACUGGAGCAGUUGCACGUCAUGCAAGAGCAGCAGAGGUUCCCGUCUAAAUUUAGCAAACUGAUUCUGAAACAUUUUGGCAUUGACGACAUCUUUGGCAGCACCAGUGUUAAUGGAAAAGAAACUGGGCCUGCUGCGGCCAGCUCUCAGCCAAACAGGAUGUCUCUGACCUUAGAGGAGAAACAGCGGUUGGCUAAGGAGCAGGAGCAGGCCGCCAAACUGAGGAGCCAGCAGCCACUGGCGCCGCAGAGCAUCAAACCAGCAACCACCAACGGUGCACAGGCUAAAGAUCUGACCAGCAGCCUACUCAACAGCAUGACAUCUCUGAAUAGCCUUUCUCUGGCCAACACGGCCCGGCCAGCCCCGGUGCAGGGCGCCGCCGUGCCCGCCUUCCCCGCCUCCGGUCCUAUGGUUGUCUCCAUGGGCGCCCCAAUGUCUAAUGGUUUUAACCCAAAUGUGGGCUUUCAAGCGGCGGGGAUGGGGAUGGGCAUGCGACCCGCAGGCUCCGGCCUAUACGGCGGAAUGGCCAGCACCACCAGCACCCCCAACUUCGGAGCCCUCAUGCAGAAUCCAGGACUGACGGGGCAGACGAGUAAAGCUACAGACAUGUCAGCCUUGGACAAUCUGUUUACACCCAGCAAACCCAAAGUCCCUCUCAACCAAAUGGUUCCCCAGACUGCUCCUGGAACGAACAGCCCUUGGCUCGGUCAGUUCGGUGCAGCCCAGAACACUCAGACUCCGAUGCAGGGGGCGGCGGUAGGUCUGGGAGGGGUGCCCGCCGGGUUCGGGAUGCAAGCAAACCCCUUUUUCAACCCGCAGAACUUCUCUCAACCAGCUGUUCCCCCAAGUGUGAACUCGGGGGGAGUUAAACCCAGUGGAUCUGCAAACAACGAUCUCAACGACUUAUUUGGCUAG